AUGUCAGGAGUGGAGGAGCUCAUUGCGCUGCAGAGCGCAGGGUGCGGGCGAACGACGGGGACGGCAGUGGUGGCUGCGGCGGAGGCGCACGUGAAGGAGGCCAUGGCGGCACAUGACGCGUCGCACGACUACGCGCACAUCGCUCGGGUCCGCGAGGUGGCGCUGCGGCUGGCGGAGAUGGAGGGCAUCGAGGACGGCGACGAGCUGGAGGUCAUCGAGCUGGCGGCGCUGCUCCACGAUCUUCACGACUACAAGUACUCGGGCUCGCUGACGGCCGGAGCCGAGGCCGCGGCCGAGUUCCUGGCCGGAGCCGGGAUGGAGGCCGAGCGGGCUGCGGCGGUGGUAGACAUCAUCAACUCUGUCGGGUUCAAGAACGAGGUCGGCGGGCGUGUCGAGGUCAAGUCGGUGGCCCACGGAGUGGUGCAGGAUGCGGAUCGGCUGGACGCCAUCGGGGCGCUCGGCAUCGCCCGCACCUUUUCCUACGGCGGCCGCAAAGGCCGCCCGUUCUACUCGAUGGCUGCGGUUGACGCCGACGCCGACGCCGCGCUUCCAGCCAGUGGCCUCACCACUGAGGAAGAUGAUGAAGACGGGGCCGGGCGCGAGCUUGCUGCCGGCCGGCACGCCUUUAUGGAGGCCUUUCUCACCCAGUUCUACGCCGAGGCGCGCGGCGAUGCGUGA